AUGAGAUCUCUUGUAGGGAAAUCAUGUUGCCUUGGCUUCUCUUUCCUACUUGUAUCUCAACACUCUGUUUGGGCUGCCAAAAAAGCAUUGAAUCCACGAAAACCAUGCAAACGAUUCGUUCUCUACUACCAUGACAUCCUCUUCGGCGGCGAUGACAUGGCUAAUGCCACAUCAGCCGCAGCUACCAAUGCCACUGCUUUUGGCAACUACAACUAUGGCAUGUUGGUGAUCUUCGACGAUCCUAUGACGAAAGACAACAGCUUUUUUUCUCCCCCGGCUGCGUGAGCGCAAGGGUUCUAUUUCUACGAUGGCAAAACGCAGUACAAUGCUUGGUUUGCUUUCAGUUUGGUGUUCAACUCCAGUGAACAUAAGGGAAUGAACGUAAUGGGUGCGGAUCUAUUUAGCCAAAAGACUAGGGAUCUCUCCAUCGUUGGAGGAACGGGAGACUUUUUCAUGUCCAGAGGGAUUCUCUCAAUUCAUCCUGACUUUGUUCAAGAUAACUAUUAUUUUCGCUUUAAGAUGGAGGUCAAGCUGUAUGAAUCUGUUUGUGUUCUUCAUAUAUCCUACGUGUGCUAUUGCAAUGUGACUUCAAUAAGGGCAUUUAUAUCUUUUGUGAUGAAAUGGUAG